AUGAACAGCAAGAAAAGGAACAGGAGUGGAAAAAGCGAAUGUAUGACUUUGCCACUUGAGAAAACUGAACUGCUUAUUGAAAACCUACACAACCUGAAAAACGCAAUAGCUCUUUACAGAAAGGAAAUUCAACAGAAAAACAAAUGCAUUAGUGAUGUGAAGGCGGACUUGACUUUUUAUGAAUGCUUGCUCAGGAAUGUUAAUGUGGUGUGGAAUAUUUUCAACCACGAUUUGUUGAGAUUGGUAGGGGAGGAGGAAGCGGCCAGUGGUGAUGAAGGAGACUCCCGCUGUGAUGGGGGAGGGCCCCACCCUCCUCAAGAAGAACCCACAUGGCAUUGCAAAAAGGCAGCCUCCCCCUACUACGAUGUAGAACAGUUUAAAAGAAUUUUUUUAAAAUACACACGUAAGCAUAAUAAAGACAGCGACGAAGAGGAGGACUCUGACUUUUUCAAGUCCCCCUCGGAGGAUGACUCUUGUGGGGAGGAAUGUCACAAUGGCGGUGCGCUACAGGAAGAACCCUUCCCAGGCGACUUGAAAGGAAGCCAAAAGGACAACGAAGCCAUGUGUCCAGGGGAUAAGAAGGAUCGGUGCAAGAAAGAACCGAAUGAUUUAUCAUCGCCCUCCAAGGGUACAAAGGGAAAUAUUAUGCAAGACAGUAACAUGGGGAGUGGUAAGAAGGAACAACUCAGACAUACAUUUCAUAGCAACAUGAAGGAUUACGUGAAGGAGGAAGACGUGUGCAAUGAUGAGGAGGAGGGGAAUAAGUUGAAUGUAAGUUCGAAGGAGGAAAUAAAGUUGGAGGGUUCAUUGAAAAGGGGGAUGGUGGAGCGGUUGAGUGGUGUGCAAGGAGUUCGCCAAACGGACCGCUCCCCCGCUACCCGAGUGAAGAUAAAGAGGGAGCAAGGCGAGUCAACCGAAGAAGGAGACGAGGAACAUAUACCCAGCGGAAGCCCACUGGAUCAUAAACUACAAAGAAUAUUUUUAACGAACAUGAAGAAAACGAUUCAUGUGCUAAACAGAGUGUUAGAGUCGCCAAAAAAGGUGGGUCUAAAUUAUAACAAGGAAUACGUUACAAAAAUAAAUUAUGAAAAAAAAAUUUACUAUGAAAAGUUUAUAAGUGAGAAAAAAAAAAGGGAAGAAGUGGAGAAUAAAUGUGAUGAGCUGAGGAUAGAGUUGGACCGAUUGGAAAAGAAGAAGACGUCACUCCUUUUUAAGUUGAACAAUGAGAGUAUCUGUAAUACCAUUUUGGAGGACGAUGAAGAGGAGGAGCAGAAGAAGCGGCAGCAGGAGGAGAAGGACGCGAUGAAGAACUCGGCGCAGGAUAUAGAUAGUGUGGGGUGCAGCAAAGGGGAGGACACGGUGCAACGUCAGGACAGUGGGAUGGCAUGCGUGAAGUGCGGCUUCGUGAAUUACGCCAGUGGGAAGGCAGGAGAAGGUGCCGUGAAAGGUGCAAAGGGGGAAGAGCAUGGCAUGGCGAGUGGGUCGGGAAGUGGUGGAUGCGUCUCGGGCGAGGACCCCGCUGCGGUGUGGCUACUGAACUUUGAACAAGUCAUAACGAAGGAAAAGAUUCUUCAGAGCGAACCGUUCAGACAACUCAUAAAGGAGUCCACUGAAGUUUACAAACAGUUGAAGGAGAGGGAAGGUGAAAUAGUGUUGUUAAAAAAUGAACUUUUAAAAAGGGAGCACAUUCGUGAUGAGGAAUAUGAGCAUUUACUUAAUGACACCAUGAAUGAUAAAAAGUGCUUGUCUAAUAAAAUAAAAAAUUUGCAAGUUGAUAUUGUGACGUGUAGUAUGGAAAAGGAGAAGAUUCAAAAGAGGAUGGAUCUUAUGGAGCAUGAAAUUAAAGCACUGAAAGGGAUAGAAGCGAACCAAGUGAUGCAGCUGGAGCAGAAGGAGAAAGAACUUUGUAGAAUGAGAGUUUCAGUGGACAAAUUAAAGGCAUCUGAGAGUAUUUUAAGGGAUAAAAUUUUGUCUUUGGAGGGUGGAGGAGGAGUUGUAGGGGAGGUCACAUCCCUACUGAAUGGGGGAUGCGACGAUUUGGUAGGCGAGGGAGGUGAAGAUUUACAGAGCCAAUUGCUUGCGGAGAAUAAAAAAUUGAAACUUGCUUUGGAAAAAAAAAAAAAUACAGAAAAUGAAUUGGCCAUAUUGAAAAAAAAUUACAAUGCCAUGAGUGAAGAAAUUGAAGAGAUAACAAAAGAAUUUGAAAAGAAGCAAGAGCAAGUGGAUGAAAUGAUUAUUCAAAUAAAAAAUAAAGAAUUGGAGUCGCUGGAAAAAUAUAACAAUGUAAUGAACAAAACGUAUGUUGAAGAGAACAUCAAAAGGUUGGAAGAAACAUAUGAGGAGAAAAUUUCUUCUAUAAAUAAAUUAUAUGAAAAAUAUGAAAAAUUUGCAGAGUUAUAUUUGUCCUUAUUUUAUUAUGCAAGGAAAGGUGCUGUAAUAUCGGACAGCGCACAUGAAGAACAAAUGAGUUUAUUUAUUAAAAUGAAAGAUAAAUGUGAGUCCAUAUUCCAGAGGAAGAAUGAACUUGCGGCGAUUUUGAAAACUGUGUAUGGUUCGAAUAGGAAGCUAGUAGACAAAUGCAAUGCCUUGUAUAAAGAAAAUCAACAUUUGGACAAAAUCGCUACGUCUAGUAAAGGAAGAAGGGAUGCAAAAGAUGCUUCCUUCAGAAGAGAGGCGAAGGAGGGAGAGGGAGAAGGAGGCGAGGAGAAAGAGUUGGAGGACAGCCAGUUACUAAUUGAAGAAAAUAAUGAACUACGCAGAAGGCUAAUAUGCAGUGUGUGCAUGGAGAAUUUCAAAAAUCAUAUGAUUAUUAAAUGUGGGCAUAUAUAUUGUGAGAGUUGCAUUUUUAAUAAUUUGAAAACGAGGAACAGGAAAUGCCCCCAGUGCAAAAUACCAUUUGAUAAGAAGGAUCUGCAGAAAAUUUUCCUCGACUGA